AAAUUCUUGUAACAGAAAUUUCAGAAUGAGCUUACGAUGCUUUUUACGUCCGAUUAUUCUUCAGUUCGAUCGUUCCCUUCCGCAAUUAGCACAUCGAGCUGAAUUUGCAACUGCUCUUAAUGAACACAAGCCAGAUGGGAAGAAGAGGAAGAAGGGAAUUUGGCCGUGGUCUAAGGAGCCCGAGGAAGAAAAGAUAAAAAUUCUAAAACCAGGAGAGUGCAAACCAGAAGAGUCUUUCCUCGAUCCAAAAUGCAAGGUCGCGAUAAUUGUGGAUGCAGGGAAGAGUUUAGGACUCUCGGCAGCGCAUUCUCUUCUUCAUCAUGGGGCUAAGAAUGUCAUUAUGGCCGGGGAUAAUCCUUCAGUCGGGACAAGGGCAGCUCAACAGCUGUGUGACACACAUGGAAAAGAUCGCGCGCAAUUCGCAAUGUGUGCUUUGAACACUGUCUGCAAAUUCGAAGCUGUCUUCGAAUCUGUACUGUGCAGACAAAAACAUAUUCACAUUUUGUUUAACAAUUUCGAUGAAAAUUCGGCAGUUUCGCCAUCUUGCGCUGGACAUAAUGGAGAUGAUGCUAAUUGGAGUAACACUAGAAGAGUGAUCGAAGCGGGUAUGAAAUUCAUGGGAAAACAUAAUGGCGGUGCAGGUGGAAUUAUCAUAAACACAACCAGAAUUAUCGGUUUCAUGGGAUGGCCAGAGGAGCCAAUACCUGUUUACACCUCGAAGGAACCUGUCGUGGAAACUACACAGGAUUUAGCCGAAAUGUUUCCAUUUGAGAAAACUGGCGUGCGGAUAAUCACCCUUCUGGAAGCAUCCAGACCUUUUGAAGAAAUCGGUUUACCAGAUUUUCCACCUCCUGAGACAAAACGAGAAAAAGGAAAACGGAUGUACACCUCGGGUGCAUCUGCCUUGGAAUCAAAGAUUGGUCGGGCCAUUGUCCACCUCAUGGCAAAAGCGAUGAACGGAAGUGUAUGGCUGAUCGAAUCCGCUUCACCCUUGCAAUUACCGAGGCUCAUCCAUUUUCCGAAAAAAGGAGAGAAAGUUGACGGCAGGAUUUACGAUAGAGUUCGAUGUCCCCCUGCUUUCGAAUCAUUUUGUGCAUCUGCGAAAAACAGCAAGUGUUCGCCGGAUACUAGAACCGAUUGCCCCGGCAAAACUAACAAAUAAAGAUGAUAAAGUCAA